AUGGCUACUACAACACUCCUCAUAUUGUUCGCGACACUUGCUCAAGCCAGCUUGACACCUCCCUUACCUCCCAUCAUCGCGCGAGAGGAUUUUCACAACAGUACGAAUUACACAAACAUCUCUGUAGGACAAAACACAACGUAUCCCGGCGCUGAAUCGCUACGCGAUUACGACACAGCCGCAUACAAGAUCUACAUCGCAUUCAUGGUCUUUGGCACAAUCUCAGCCGCACUGAUGCUUCCUGUCAUCUACAGUUCCGACGCAUUGCACUGGCGGCGACAAAAGAAGCACGAGACUGCCACCAGGCAGCGGAAAAAAGACGUAGCAGAGGCCACAGCGCGAAAGCGGCAGAUGCAGCGUGAGACGACGCGGCCGCAGCAAGCACAUACAUGUGCCGCCUAUGCCUUCAUCCCAGCCACUGCAAAUAUAGCCAUGAAGAUUGUUGGCCCAACUGCCCACACUUCGGAUCGAAGCGGCGUUUAUCCGACCGCAAGCUGCUCAGUGUCUGGUUGCAAGAUGUAG